AUGGAUUCUCCUAGUUCUUCCUCCAUGCUAAACUAUUGCUACCACGAGUUUUUUGCGGAUGGCGAUGGUUCAACCGAUGAGGAGGUUGAGCAAGAGGCGGUUACGGGUGCUUGUAAACUAGCGAUGAGAUAUGCCGAGCAUUGUCGUCGCCCCCAAGCCAAAAAAGGUAAAAGAGGUUAUAUAGAACGAGACCGACGCGGGGCACACGAUCGUUUGAUGAAAGAUUAUUUUGAUGAGGAGCCGACAUAUUCGAACGAAAUGUUUAGACGUCGUUUCCGAAUGAGUAAGCGGUUAUUUCUACGUAUAGUCCACGACUUGGAAGCCAACUACGAUUUUUUUAAACAAAAAGCGGAUGCGAGAGGGGAACUUGGAUUUACCGGUAUCCAAAAGUGUACCUCGGCGUUACGAAUCCUUGCUUAUGGAAACACUACCGACAUCAAUGACGAGUAUCUAAAAAUGGGGGAGAAAACAACGAGAGAUAGCUUGGAGCAUUUUUGUCGCGGUAUAAUUGAUGUGUACGGUGCGCGUUAUCUUAGAACGCCCACAUGGGACGACCUUCAAAAGAUCUACGAGGUACAUAAUGCUCAGCAUGGUUUGCCUGAAAAAUUAGGGAUAGCGAAGGUGUUGUUUGUUAGGAGACGAGGUGGAUCAAACCUCUGGAAUCUUGGUGGUGGGUGGUGGUGGACAGUGGUGGACGGUGAUGGUGGGUGGGGGAUGUGGACGGUGGUGGUAGACGGUGUUGGGUGGUGGAAGGUGGUGGUGGUGAACGGUGGUGGUGUUUAA